AUGACAGAGACCCAAAACAAAGGCAAGGGACGUGGGACAUCCACGUCUCGUAAACCUAAAGAAAAGAAGCCACUUACUAGGCUAGAAGAGAUGGCUAAACAAGCAUACGAAACUAAGAAGAUUAAUAGCACAAUAUCCAGUGACUCAAAUCUUAGUCUGAGAUCUUUCAAGGGUGUUAGAGCCUCCAGUAGCGAACCUCCAAUGAGCGCGAGACCUAAGAAAUUUACUAAUGGUGAUAAUAAGUUUAACAAUAAACCUCCCGCAUCUAAAAGUGGUAAACCGGCGCAGAAAAAGCCAGCCCCCCCAGGCUCCAAGUUCAACGGGAAACCCCAAUCUAAAACUGGACCAAAACCUAAGUCAUUAACCAAAAGACCUGGGCAUGCCACUGCUGUCUCGAACACAACGUUCAAUCCAAAAGAGCCUGCUCUCAAAGGUUCCAGUGAGAAAUUCAAUGAGGUGUCAAAGGUGCCAGAUACUAAAGAAGCCUCUUUGAGUACCACACGCAAGCAGGGUAGUUCCGCGGUUAAAAAAGCAACCAAAAUACCUUCAAAGGGCGGUAAAGGAAACGAUAAAGCAAGCCACGGAAGGAAAGGGCAAGCAAAACAGGCACCAGCCAAAUUUAAAGCCAGUCCCACGAAGUCAGGAACCUACAAGUCAGCAAAUGUCAUACCGGAAAACAAGUCCGUGGCUGGCAAAACACAACACGUUAAGAAGCAGCCACAAGAAGCCCCCGUCGUAAGCUCUCAACUUCAACAGCCAAAUCUAGAGGACUGUGAAGAAGGGGAGCCGUUAAAGAAAUUUACUCAAUACACUCCUAAAAGCUCUUAUCCUAACUUGGACGAGUACUUCAACGAGUUCUCAUUUGCACUAUUCUUAGAGGAGAGACUUGAGAAUGAUUUUUUGCAAAACUUUGAGAUUACAUGGGCCAAGGAUCCAAAAGAGCGAGCAUUAGUAGUGAGAAUGAGAGCAGAUAGCGACGAGCUCAAGAAGUUGCUCCCUUCUCAUCUCGUAAAACUAGGACGCCUUCCCUUUACCAAACAACAGCCUUUAAUGCUCACAAGUCAGGAUGAGACAAAAGUGUGGUACACAUUCGUGAGAGAAUUGGAUUCCAAAAAAAAUAAUAUAACAAUGCUCCUUGAACUUUAUUCUUGGAAUAAAUUACAACUUCCGAUAAGAGCGGCUAACGAACAAUUUAAGAUUUUGCCGUGCUCCGCGCAAGUUAAUAGAAUCAUGUUUGCCAUGACUCGGGUGCAAAAUCCGAAAUUCAUCAAAUUACUCUUAGGUCAAGAGCUUAUCAAGCAAGUGAACUUCAACAAUAGAUUGCAGUUCACCAAAGACACUUUCAAUGAUUCUCAGAAAUCAGCCAUUCAACAUGUGUUGAAUAAUAGUAUAACUGUUCUCCAAGGUCCCCCAGGUACCGGUAAAACAUCCACAAUUGAAGAAAUUAUUUUACAAGUUUUAAGCAAUUUCCACACUAUUCCUAUCCUUUGUGUUGCGGCGUCAAAUAUUGCCAUCGAUAAUAUUGCAGAAAAGUUCAUGGUUGGCAGGCCAGACAUAAAGAUCUUGAGAAUUUUAUCACAAUCGAAAGAGGCUCAAUACAACAACGAGCACAUGCUGGGGAAAAUAUGCUUACACAAUAUCGUUUACGAGCAAUUACCAUCAGAUAUGAAGGAUAACAUCAGCAAGUUGAGAUCGGGAGUUCCUGGCCUUGUUUCCAAGAAUCAGUACAGCAAGCUAUUAGAUACUCAGAAUGCGAUUUCAGACAGACACAUUGCUCAAGCGCAAAUCAUUUUUACUACAAAUAUUGCCUCCGGUGGCCGCCAGUUAAAGGCUAUCAAAGAACUGCCGGUGGUGAUUAUGGAUGAAUCAACACAAUCAUCAGAAGUUUCGACUUUGGUACCACUUUCGCUGCCAGGCAUCAAAAGAUUUGUUUUUGUUGGUGAUGAGAAACAGCUGUCGAGUUUCAGCAACGUUCCACAAUUGGAAAUGUCUCUUUUUGAAAGAAUUUUGACCAACGGCACUUAUGAGAAUCCCCACAUGUUAGACACCCAAUAUAGAAUGCAUCCUGCCAUCAGCGAAUUCCCAAUAAAGACUUUUUACAAUGGCAUGCUUAAAGACGGUGUCACUGCCGAACAAAAAAGUUGGCCCGGAUUGACACGGCCUUUGUUCUUCUUUCACUGUAAUAACGGGCCGGAGAAUAAGGUAUUCAAUUCCAAGCGUGGAAUGAGAGGUUUCACUUACAACAACACUCACGAAGCCGAGGCUAUUGUGGCGGUAUUGCACAAGCUCAUCAUUGAUAAGAAGGUUGGGAGAGAGGAAAUAGGAGUGAUUACACCUUAUUCGUCGCAGAGAGAUCUGAUCUCGGAAAUGCUGGUGCGAGACCCCGUGGUCAACCCAUCGGGUAAAGCUAUGGAGCAAGAAAUGGACAAGGAUGACGUCCUGGGCGGAGGAGAAUCUGUCGGCGGCACGGGAAACAAAGUCACCAUCAACAUCGUCAAUGGUGUGUUCGUCGCCACGGUAGACUCGUUCCAAGGGCACGAAAAACAGUUUGUGGUCUUUUCGUGUGUGCGUAACAAUAGUGAGAACAAUAUUGGGUUUGUCAAGGACCGGAGACGUAUGAAUGUGGCAUUGACCAGAGCGAAGAACGGGCUGGUAGUGGUCGGUAACAAAGACGUCAUGAGACAGGGCGAUCCAUUGUGGGCUGAAUACGUGGACUACGUCGAAGAAAAAAAUGUCGUUUUCGAAAGUCUGGACGAGUACUAG